AGACUUUGUUUUUCAGCGAUCGUGGGUCAGAUCUCCUCCCUUUUUGUGGCCCCAUAUAAAAACUCACACUGAAUACUGCUGCGCCCAGUUCUUUCUAUACGCCUAAGACAGGACCUGUAAUUUUCUUUCAUACAGAAGUCAAGAUUUUAUUCCUCACUGGCAGAACUUAGCUCCGCAGGAACAUGAGAGUCUUUUUGGCUUUGGUUUGUGUGACAGUCCUGACUGCAUGGAUCCACAAUGCAGAUGCCAGUGAAUUAUCCAUCACCACUAUAAAGGAAGAACCGUACACUAUGAGCAGGGGCUCCCAGUUUGAGGGCUACUGCAUUGACCUGAUCUCAGAGCUUUCCAAGAAGCUGGGCUUUAAGUAUACCAUCCACCUGGUGAAGGAUAACCGAUAUGGAGCCAUGGAUUCCAGUGGGAACUGGAAUGGUAUGAUUGGGGAGAUAAUCAGAGGGGAUGCUGACCUGGCUGUGGCCCCACUGACCGUCACUGCUGUCAGAGAACGCUUUGUGGACAUGACCACCCCCUUCAUCCAAACUGGACUCAGCUUCAUUAUACGCAAAAGCGCUGACUCUGAGGACAACCCCUUCAGCCUGCUGUUCCCGUUCUCCACAGAGAUGUGGGUUGGUGUUCUCAUUGCUUUCCUCCUAACAGGACUCUGUAUGUUCUUGGUGGGCAGAAUCAGUCCCACAGAAUGGGCCGAGCCAGAAACAGAUGAUCACAACUUUACUCUGCUGCACAGUUUCUGGUACAUCACAGGAGCUCUAACCCUGCAAGGUGUUGGUCCUCAUCCUAAAGCUCUGUCCGGACGUGUUGUCAGUGCCAUCUGGUGGAUAUUUGCUGUGCUGCUGCUCGCCUGUUACUUUGCCAACUUUAACUCUGUGCUGAACUCCAAGAGCAAACACAUCUCCAUCACCAGCUUCGAGGAACUGGCCAAUCAAGAUGUGAUCGAUUAUGGAACAAUUGAAAAUGGAUCCACCAUGCUCUUCUUCAAGAAUUCCAACAACCCUGUGUACCGCCGCAUCCACCAGCACAUGGAGCGUAAAAAGAGCUACGUGUCCACCAUGCAGGAGGGUGUUCGCCUCACCCAGGAGGGGAACUUUGCCUUCAUUGGUGAAGCUGUGUCCCUGGACCUGACCGUGGCCCGUUACUGUAAACUCACCCGUGCCAAGGAACUCAUCUCAAUGAGGUCAUACAGCAUUGCUGCUCCUCUGGGUUCUCCACUGGUGAAGAACCUGACCGUUGCCAUCCUCCAGCUUAGUGAGUCAGGUGAGUUAACACAUUUGCGGGAGAAGUGGUGGGCCAUCAGUUGCGUUGGUUCUGAUGAGGCUCAUACAUCUGAGGCACUGAACCCCCACGACCUGCGAGGCCUCUUCCUGCUCCUAGGACUGGGCCUAGGCAUCGGGCUGCUGCUGGCCCUUCUUGAGCUCUUAUCCAGGGCCCGUAACCGAGCUAAGGAUGGCAAGAAAUCCUGCUGCUCAGUGCUGACAUCAGAGCUAAACCGGCGGUUUGGCAGUGGAGCAGAGGGGACAGAGCAGGAAAACUCUGACAAAAACAAAGUGUAAAGCAAAUGUUCAUGUUAGCAGCUGAAAAGAACGUGUUACAGAUACUUUUUGUAUGUUUGUAGAACACCCUGAGAUCCAUGUAAUGAGACAGACUGAGGAAGAUAGUUAUUCUGAAUACUAAUCUCUCUGAGUAGUUUUUUUAUUUUAUAGUUUUUUAGUUGACACAUAUCCAUGUUAUUCUCCUAACAUACCGCAGUUUAGUCUUCCAAAUUAAAACUGUUGCUUUCUGUCUGUUCAAAUAAACUUUCUAUCAAUCCA